CGGCCCACUGCAGUGUGCCACCCUGUUUCAUUGGCAGAAUGAAUCAUUGUCUCGAUGUGUAAGGAGUAAGUAAAUGGGAAUGCUCAGAAGGCAGAAACGCAGGUAGCUAAUGUAACGGAGAACGCAAAUCCUUCCCCUCCACAGCAAAAGCGCUUCAGGUUAACGGCAUAGCCUACUUCUUAAGGACUGGGUCCUGUGAGACUGGAUCGUGCGAGGAUGCCCGCUCCUGCAGCAAGUAUGGUGCGGCUUGUUGCGCUGAUUUUAUCCCUGGCGAUGAUGGUCUAUGGCUUUCCACCGCAAGCGACAACAUCCGUGGUGGAUACGGACAUCACCCAGACUCUCGAGGACAAUUUGGCUCAGGGACACGCCACACUGAACGAUAUGUUUAGGGAGGUGGAAAAGCUAAUGGAAGACACGCAGCAUAAACUGGAGGAGGCGGUGUACCAGAUGGACAACGAGAGCGCCCGAUCGAUGCUGUAUGUACAUGACCUUCCUCCCAAUUACCAGGAGGAGAGCAGCACGGACAGGACGGUGGGAAACCAGUCCGUCCACACGGUGGAAAAGAUCAACAUGGUAACAGACAACAGAACAGGAGUGACCCACUUCUCCAGAACCGUGAUCCAGUCCGGCGGCAAAGAGAACGAGGUCCAGCACGAGUGCAUCAUCGACGAGGACUGCGAGAAGGGCCGCUACUGCCUCUACGAGUCGCUGCGCUCCAGGUGCCUGCCCUGCAAGGCUCUCGACACGACCUGCACAAAGGACGAGGAGUGCUGUUCGGGGCAGCUGUGUGUGUGGGGCCAGUGCUCUGAGAACACCACCAAGGGAGAAGCAGGCAGCAUCUGUCAAUACCAGAGUGACUGCAACACAGAGCUCUGCUGUGCCUUCCACAAAGCCCUGCUGUUCCCGGUCUGCACCACCAUGCCCAUGGAGCGGGAGCGCUGCCGCACCCGCCCCAACCACCUGAUGGAGCUGCUGUCCUGGGACAUGGAGGGGGAGGGGCCCCGUGAGCACUGCCCCUGCGCCGGGGGGCUCCAGUGCCUGCCCCGUGGGCGUGGCUCCUUGUGUCUGAAAGCGCAGAACUCCUCCUCCAGCGAAGAGGAACUGACAGACGCGCUCUAUUCCGAGAUGGACUACAUCGUCUAGCGCGUGCCGCUCGACGCCAAGCAGCUCGUAGAUUCUUAAACCCACCGCCCUUGGACGACUUAGCCAACUCCCCACCUGUAGAACAUACUUGUGUACCCUGUUAAAUUACCCAACCCCCCGCCCCCACCUUUAGAUUUGUGUGAAAUGUCCACCCCCCCAGAAAAACGCAUCCUGGCCUACUUGCGGCUGACCUUACUAAAUUUCCUUCUAGUUGUGUGCAGUGUGCUUGAGUGUCAAUGUCAUACAAUCCCAGGCUUGUUUCUCGACCCAAACCGUGCGCAUGAAUCCAGCUGUCCUCAUAAACGCUCCUCCCGUAGUUACUUAAAGACUGAAGAAUGUACUUAACGGACACAAGGCUGCUUCGUAGUAAAUUAUCGUCAUUGUAUGUCAAGGCAGUUAGCUGGCCGAGAAAAAUGUGUUAAAAAGAGAGGACUCAUCGGGCCCAGUUGUCGGGUUUAAAAGUGACUGAUGCGUUGCCGUGGGAACGUCCGCCCGCUGCAGCGUGCGCCACGGGUCGUUAUCAAAAUGGAGGUCUGUCUUUCAGUAAAGCAGCACCGGCUAGCGUCGAAGCACGCCGCUCUGCGGAACCACCGAUAAUGCGAGUCUGACAUCACGCUGUCCAAUUAAAAUCUUCAAAGAG